UACCUAGGGUUCCUGUUGAUUAAUUUUUAGGAAUGUUCACAACUAUAUAUAAAUGCCAUGACCAUCAUAACUUUCUAUAACUUCUUCUCAAUUUCUCUUGUAUUUCUUGAAUUUUAUCAUCGCACGGUCCUCAAAUGGCACAAAAGAAAGUGGUGGUGAAGAUGAUGACCAUGACCGAUGAAAAGACUAAGCAGAAGGCCAUAGAGGCUGUUGCUGACAUUUUAGGAGUGGAUUCAAUUGCAGCGGAUAUGAAGGAGCAGAAGCUGACCAUCAUAGGAGAAAUGGAUACAGUUGCAUUAGCAAAAAAGCUGAAGAAAACAGGAAAAAUAGACAUAAUAUCAGUCGGCCCGGCUAAAGAGGAAAAGAAAGAGGAAAAGAAGAAAGAUGAGAAGAAAUGAUAAAUGGUUAACCAUGCUUAAUCAUCAUUUUCCAGUACCUGGUUUACUUUUUUAUUUUUUAUUUUUAAUUAUUAUUGUCGACAUAUAAAAUGGAAAAUGUUAGUCCUGUCUCCAUCAAUCCGCGUAGGUAGGAUUUGUAAAGUAUAGUUCUCAUGAGUUUGUUUAUGCAUAUAUCAAUUUAUGAGCACUCA